UAAAUCUAAUUAAUUAAAAAUUUUUAACAAAUAAUUCAAAAAUUAAUCUCUAUUGCAUUUAAAACACGUAUGGAAAUUAUUAGGUCUUUGAACUAAAAUUAUAUACAUUAAUAAAAAUGACUACUGAAGUUUCUAAAGGGCCCAUGCUGGGUAUACGUCACUUACAGGCGUUCCUUAUAUUUCUAAGUAUUGUAGUAUCUUAUGUUGGGCGCUUAAAUGUUGCAGUUGCAGUUGUUGCCAUGACGGAUGCCGCUACUACAAAUCCAGACUUUCCAGAAUACGAAUGGAGUUCAAAGCACAAAUCCUAUAUUCUAUCCAGUUUUUAUUGGGGUUACGUUAUCACACAAUUUCCUGGUGGCUACAUGAGUCGACGCUUUGGUGCUAAAAUCACGAUGUUCAUAUCUAUCUGUGGUUCUGCAGCUUUCAGUUUAAUAACACCAUUUUGUAUACCUUGGGGAGGUUGGCAGAUUUUUUGCGCUAUACGCAUAGUUCAAGGUCUAUUCCAAGGUCUCUUGUUUCCGUGCAUACAUGCUCACUUAGCUAAGUGGUCACCACUUAAAGAACGUAAUCGCCUAGGAGCGCUAAGUCAUACUGGUAUAGAAUGUGGUACUGUAUUAGCUAUGUAUACCAGUGGCAUUAUUGCUCACGGUUCUAUGGGUUGGCCUGGCAUAUCGUAUAUUUCUGCCGGUAUAGGAUUUGGUUGGUGUGUUCUUUGGCUUGUAUUUGCAGCCAAUAAUGCGCCUGAAUCAAAAUUUAUAACUGUUGCGGAAAGAACAUAUAUCGAGUCAUCUCUACAGCGAGCAGAUGAUUUCCAUGCGAAGAGUAUACCAAUUCCAUGGGUGGCUAUAUUCACUUCUGUGCCUUUCUAUGCAUUGCUAGUUGCGCGCUGCGCUGAAGCAUGGGGUUUCUCUACAAUACAAGCAGAAAUACCGUCUUACAUGAAUGGUGUGCUCAAAUUGGAAAUUAAGGACAAUGCCUUGUAUUCUGCACUUCCAUACUUGACGAUGUGGGUGCUUUCAUACGUAUAUUUGAUAUCAGCUGAUAUUGUGCUCAAAAAGAAACUCCUUUCACUGACAGCACUCCGCAAAACUAUUAAUACAAUUGCAUUGUGGAUACCAGCUGCUGCGCUAAUUGGUGUUGGAUUUGUUGAUGAAGAUCAAAAGACCUUGGCUAUUGUCCUAUUGACUAUAAGUGUAGGCAUUAAUGGUGGUGCUACAAUUGGCAGCUCUCUGAACACAAUCGAUUUAUCGCCAAAUCAUGCUGGCAUUUUGAUGGGCAUCGUGAACACAAUAGCCAACUUUAUACCUAUUAUAACACCUUUACUAGUUGGUAUAAUUGUGACGGAAGAGGAGGAUCGUACGCUAUGGCAAAUCGUGUUCAUAAUUGCGGCUGUGAUAUUCUUUUUUGGUAAUUUAGUUUAUAUAAUUUGGGGAUCUGCUUUACCACAACCAUGGAAUGAAGAAGAUUUUUUGAUGCAAAAGGACGGAGAGAAAUCAAUUUAUGAAACAGUACCCCGUCAAUUCACCAACAAAGCGUUUGAAGAUGAUGAAAAUACAAAAAUUUCGGAAAAGUCUAAAACUAUGGCAAAUGAAGUUGAACUGCCAGAAGAAAACGUUAGCGAAUCCAAAGAAACAAGCACGAAAGUCGAGGACACGAAAUAAAAUAACAGAUGAAGAACAUAAAACUUAUAAAAACACACUUGCAGGCAAGUGUAUAUAAUUCUUGAAAAGUUUGGAUUAUAUUAGAUUGAAGGACAUUAACUUUAGUUCUUUCUCAAUGCUAUAUCUAAUACACAUGUAA